AUGGUGGUCAUACAGGGGCGUCGUAUUGAACGAAGAUCGUCUAUUAAGCUUCACGAGUACGGGUUAUAUUGGGAGUACGGCUACGACCCAACGCAUGGCAAGGACGAAAACGAUCGUAAUGCCGACAAUAACUACGGGAGCGGUGACUCGCUCGAUGCAGCCAUGGGUACAGGCACAACAGGACACGACGACGAUGGGAACGACGAUCUCACGACAACCGGCACAGUAACCAACGGCGGCGACUACACAGCAGCCAGUGGCACCAGAUCGGCAACCGGCUUCGGACCCAGCGACAGACGUAUCCACGGGCAGUGGAAGAGAAACGGCAGUGCCGACGAGAUCUGCAGCCUCGACGUCAGCGGGGGCUGGAAGGUUUGA